GCUUAGGAUGAAGCUUGGAUUCUGGACCCCAUGGAUGUUUGCACGGACGCACUGACUCAUGAAGGAAAAGCUGAGUUUCAGCAGAAAAGGGAGACCUCAGCCUAGCAACAUCACCCCAGAGGAAUUCCCAAGAGUGUGGCUCAAGGCUUCAACCAGCCAGAUGGAGAUCACCAUGGGGGUCAUGGAUGAGAAUGCCACCAAUACGUCAACCAAUUAUUUCCCUCUGCUUGACCCCCUUGGAGCCCAAGCUGCUUCUUUCCCCUUCAACUUCAGCUAUGGUGACUAUGAUAUGCCCUUGGAUGAAGAUGAGGAUGUGACCAAUUCCCGGACCUUUUUUGCCGCCAGGAUUGUCAUUGGCAUGGCGCUGGUGGGUAUUAUGCUGGUCUGUGGUAUCGGCAACUUCAUCUUCAUCGCUGCGCUGGCCCGCUACAAGAAGCUACGCAGCCUCACCAAUCUGCUCAUCGCCAACCUGGCCGUCUCUGAUUUCCUGGUGGCCAUUGUCUGCUGCCCCUUUGAGAUGGACUACUACGUGGCGCGCCAGCUUUCCUGGGAGCAUGGCCACGUGCUGUGCGCCUCCGUCAACUAUCUGCGCACAGUCUCUCUCUACGUCUCCACCAAUGCCCUGCUGGCCAUCGCCAUCGACCGAUACCUGGCCAUUGUCCACCCGCUGAGACCGCGGAUGAAGUAUCAAACAGCCACCGGCUUGAUUGCCUUGGUGUGGGUGGUGUCCAUCCUCAUUGCCAUACCAUCAGCCUACUUCACCACUGAAACAGUCCUCAUCAUUGUCAAGAGCCAGAAGAAGAUUUUCUGUGGCCAGAUCUGGCCAGUAGACCAGCAGAUCUACUACAAGUCCUACUUCCUCUUCAUCUUUGGCAUCGAGUUCGUGGGCCCAGUGGUCACCAUGACCCUAUGCUAUGCCAGGAUCUCCCGAGAGCUGUGGUUCAAAGCCGUCCCUGGUUUCCAGACGGAGCAGAUCCGGAAGCGACUGCGCUGUCGCCGGAAGACGGUCCUGGUGCUCAUGUGCAUCCUCACUGCGUACGUGCUGUGCUGGGCACCCUUCUACGGCUUCGCCAUCGUGCGGGACUUCUUCCCCACAGUGUUUGUGAAGGAGAAACACUAUCUCACGGCCUUCUAUGUGGUCGAGUGCAUUGCCAUGAGCAACAGCAUGAUCAACACCGUGUGCUUCGUGACUGUCAAGAAUAACACCAUCAAGUACUUCAAGAAGGUUAUGCUACUCCACUGGAAGCCUUCUUACAACGGCAGUAAGUCCAGUGGGGAUCUUGACCUCAAAACCACGGGGGUGCCUGCCACAGAAGAGGUGGACUGCAUCAGGCUGAAAUAACUCCAGAACAGGACCUUUGGGCCCCUGACAAUGUGCUUAAGCCCACACUAUCAACCAAGAACUCUAGGUCUGCCACAGGGCAAAAGAAAUGGACAAAUAUGUCAGUGCUGUGUUCCGGGAGCUCAGAAUCUCUAAAACUGGUGUGACUACUCCACUACCAGUGGCUGACAUUCAAUGAACAUCUAAUUUGUGCAAAGUGUAGGCACUGGUGAAAUCUAUAUCAGUUGACUAUAUUUGACUGGCAUAAGGAAAUAGGGAUUAAACCAAAAAACAAACAAAAAAAAAGAGACAUAGUGUGGAAUGAUGGGUUUUCCAGAAGGGAGCCUGAGUAGUCACCUAAAACUGUGGUAUAUAUGUUUGUAGGGUGAGGUUCUCUCUGGAUCAUCUCAGCUACUCAUCAGAUACUGCAAUAACCUAUCUCUGGGAUUGUUCUUAGGCUUGAGUUCAUUCCUAACACUUGCUGGCCUGGGGCAAGAAUACAAAGCAGGUUCCUGGCUCUUUCUGCAAUCUUCCCUUCUAUGCCUGGUUCUGACUCUCACCCUGGGCACCCAGGAAAGAAAGCAACAUACA